AUGGCGCCACGCAAGCCAACGAUCAAGGGCGCAAAGUCACCGUCUCCCAAGAAGGCAAACGAUUGCGUGGUUAAGCGACCGAAGCGCGGGUACCACAAGUUCAAAAAUGGGCUGCUCAAUGUCACACCAAAGGGCAAAGAGAAAGACCUCGUCAGGUCAAACCAGCAAUCACCGCUCUUGCGACUUCCACCCGAAAUGAGGAAUCGUAUCUGGGAGUACGCGCUCGGAGGCAUGGUGUUCAGGCAGGGCCAUGGGAGGAAAACGUGUCGCCAAAUCUACGCAGAGGCCGCUUUGAUCCCCUUCAAAGCCAACACGUUCUCGUUCUGGUCUUUCUGCGGCAUAGAAGGGCUCGUCAAGAAGCGGAAACGUAUUCAAUGCAAUCAGAUAUCUACAAUACAACUCGAGACCGGCGAAGCUACACGGAUGGGGGCGCUCUGGGGCGGGGUAUUGGGGCCAGCAUUGCCGAAUCUCUCUUCGCUACUUCCUGGAUUGCGACAUGUCAAUAUCCGCGCGCGGUUGUUCUCCAGUACCGACCAAGUCGACAAUUUCGUGCAGCAUUGGAGCAAGCGGAUCGAAGCUUUGCGUGGACACGUGGAAGUAACCUCCGAGGUGCACACGGGGGAUUCUCUAUACUGCGCGCAGUAA